AGGAAAGCAAACCACCGAGGCGGCGAGGCACCAUCCAAAGGACUUUAUGGCCCUCAUCAAAUGACAGUUGAUGGCUUACACCGAUACACAUACCCGCACUGAAAUGUUUAUUUGCGCUUGCAGCUGCCUAUUCUAAGCUGCAGGACAGUCAAGUACGGGGGUCCUUCCAAGUUCCAAUAUAUCAUUCUCCAAGAGAGAAGGCCGUAAUAUCUUAGCUUCCAGCUUCCAAGGCUUCGUCCCCGAUGACUGCGCAGCUGUAGAGAAAACCUCGGGCGCUGGCAUGCAUCAGUGUCGAGGAUAAAGAUCCAUCAGAUGGCCAUGGAUGGUCCAUCUUGCAGAUUCAUCUCGUGGUUAACAUGUUUUGCAGCUUGUAUUCUCCUGGAGUCCAUUGUUUCUGCUCAUUCAUGGUGCACUCCACAUCCUAGCCCAAGGCAAGAAGCAAGGUUCGAGCAGAAGACAAACAGGUUCUGGGAGUACCAGGAACAGAGUAAUACCUGGGUGGAAAUAAGCAUGCCGUUCGACUUGAUGUCUUGUAUCAAUGGUACCUGCACAAAGGUAGGAUCAAUCACAAGGAAACCUGCCAGUUCUCCUGUUCAUAGUCAAGAGGAGGAAGAUGCAAGGCUUGAUGAAGAAGAUGGAGAAGACAGAAAUGACCCAGUCCUGCCCGUAAGGAAAAGAAUUUCCUUGACAAGAAUGUCGGAGUCAUCAGUAUGGGUGACAGGCCAAAGCGGAUCGAUCUAUGAGAGGUUCUGGAACGGGGUGAUGUGGGUGAUCGCUCCUCAUGAACUCCCUACUUCAGCUGGCCAUGCCACAGCAACUUUCAUCGUGAAUACAACUAUUCUUGCUCUGUCGGAGGCUGGAAUCCUUUACCAACUACAGCUAAAUGAGCAUGCCCAGCCUAUCUGGACAGAGAUGACUUUCAACUCUGACCAGCAGUUCACAAAUCUUGGACUAAAAACACAAAGUCAAGCUAUGCGUAUAAGAAAUGGGAUUGUAUCCAAUGACGGAAGGAAGCUUUUCCUAUCUAUCAUGAAUGGGUCCCUACUUGAGGUCACAGAAAUUCAACCUCUAAGGUGGAAUUACCAUGGGCGUCCUCCAGGAGGAGAUGUAUCAUAUAUAUCUGAUGCUGGAAAUUUGCGACCAGGGACCUUGUUCACAGUAAGUUCCACUGGAGACCUAUACGAGUUUGACAAAGAAACGAAGCCAUCAUGGAAAAAGCACAUAUGGAGUGAAGAACUGGCAGAAAGUAUUUCAUUAAGCUCAUCAGCUGGAUGUGCUUUGUAUGGUUUGUCAGGGUCUAACUCAGUGUCCCUUUUCUUGAUAUCCAAGGAUGGCAUUUUAGUGGAGCGGCGAUUGCAUAGAAGGAAGUGGAAGUGGGAUAAACAUGGAGCUCCUAUGGGUCAGAGACUCAGUUCAGUUACAGAAGUUCAGCAGGAUGAACUCAAUGAUGCAUCUUCUAUGUUUUUUACGACAACCACAGGAAAAGUAUUCGAGUAUCAGAUUCCAAAAUAUGCAGGUGGGGCUCAAAGCAAUAAGAUAAGAGGGCAAUGGCUGAAUCACAUGUCCCCUGAGCAUGCAAAGGUUGCAAGAAACGUCCGAGGUGUACAGGUUCAAGUUGGCAGAAUGAUAUUCCCACUAGAUGAUGGUAGGCUUGGGGAGCUACAUUUUUCUGGGAUUGGAGGUGCUGAUUUUGGUCCGAGUCAGCAAAAUACCGUAAGAAAGAAACUAUCAAACAAGUAUGAGUGGUCCAUCCUCGAUGCACCAGAAACAGAAGGUUGGAAUGCAGAAUAUUGCACCGAAGAGCAUGGUCCUACCAAUUGUAUUACUGGAGCAAAGAGUGUAGCUACAGGCACUGAACCAAAUGACUUGAGCAAUACCCAACCUUCCAGGAGGCGCAAAGUAGAAGAGAAGCAGCAUUACUUACAUGUUAACAGCCACCAGAGUGAUGAAACUGAACCAUACAACUUUCUAUCAAGAAGCAUUGGUCUUAACUUCCACAUGCGGGUCAUGCAUGCAGACAGAUCACUUUUUCUUAUAACUGACAAUGGCUUGACAUUUGAAUAUCUAAACAGCAAUGGUAUUUGGUUGUGGUUAAGACAUGAGCACACUACAGCCAUGAAAGGUACGCUAGGAAGCUACAUUGGCAGCUUGUAUCUUGUCGACGUGCAUGGGAACUUACAUAUUAGAGAAAGAAAUGGAGAUGAACUGUUGUGGAUUAACUGCACGGCAAUGAAGAAGGGGAGACACGUUGCAAGUGGGUCUCCAUGGGAUGGCAUCCCCGGUCUAUUGCGUAGAAUGACAACAGAUGAUGCACUCUUCUUUGUUAACAAGCGCGGCAGGCUGCUACAGUUCACGGUUGCUUUGCGGAAAUUCAAGUGGAAGGACUGCCACAGUCCUCCUGACACCAAGGUUGCAUUCAUAGUGGACCAGGAGGUCUUCAGAAGAAACAUCAUCUUCGUGGUAGGGCGCAACGGCCGCCUGUACCAGUACAACAGGAUCACAGAGCUAUGGCACGGGCACUACCAAUCACCUCACCUGAUCCUCUCGCGAUCCCCAGGGACGGCCAUGCGACCAUCGCCCCUGUCCCUGGCCGGCUCCCUCUUCAUGGUGUCCGAGCACGGGGGCCUGGUGGAGUACCACUUCAGCCCGCAGGACGGGUGGGAGUGGGUGGAGCACGGGACGCCGCACCGGGACGUGACCCUCGUCAGCGCCCCGGGCCCAUGCUUCGACGGCUCGCAGCUGUUCGUGGUCGGCUCCGACGGGCACGUGUACCGGCGGCACAUGGAGGGGCGGACGUGGAGGUGGACGAGCCACGGGCACCCGCCGUCGGAACCGGCCGCCGCGGACGACCAGACCUGCGCCACGCCGGGCGCCGGCGCGCAUCACGCGGACGGCUUCAGCGGGAGCUGCGACGGGAAGGUGGCGGCCGUCCGGCCGGUGCCGUUCUCGGGGGACGCGGUGGUCUUCGAGCUGCGAGACGGCCGGCUGGCGGAGCUGCGGCGGCCGCCCUCCGCGGAGGGGUGCGGCGGGUGGGAAUGGGCCCGGAUCAUCGGAACGCCGUCCAGCGCCUGCAUGACCAGCUACUGGACGGCCGUCGCCACGUAGCCGCCGCCGGCUGCCGGUUGAUCGGCAGGGGGGUGGAGUUCAAAAUUUGAAAAGGUGAAAAAAAAAACAGAACCGCUGAUCAGCCAGCCUGCUGACGCUAGCCCACUCGGGGGAAAAGAACUGUGCUGUGGGCCGUGGCACGAUCCCGUCCGCGUGGACCCAGGAGGCCGCUUUCCCGAUUAGAAUUGGGCGUCCCAAGCGACAGGCAGCAUGAAAGGAUACUAAUCUUCAGAAAAUUCAGCUUAUGUGUAAUCUUACAUCACAUUCUAGCGAGAAUUAGUGAGUAACAGCUUAGUGCUAGCAGUAUAACUUUCUCUUAUAUUUCAUAUGUGCAUAAAGUAUUUUUCCUGUCAUAGAGAUUUCAGGUUGGACUUUGGAGACCACUUAACUGCAAGACGUAAUGUGCAUGAAAAAGAAGAGUGUGCUGCUUGCACAUAAUCUUUCUAAUGAAAAUAUUGUAUCGAGUCACAAGACAUGGUCUAUGUGAUUGAGAAGGAUGCAGAGUUCCCAAGGCUGGGGAGUACCAGCGUUGUGGCAGCCAGUAAAACGAUACAGCGUUGGCGCAAACCACCGAGUGAUGCUGUUAAGAUCAACUCGGAUGGGUCUUUUCUGGUCGAAACAGGAGAAGGUGGAUGGGGGUAUGUGACCAGAGAUGGAGAAGGCGUUGUGAUUUGCGCAGGUGCUGGAAAUCUCACACGUCGGACGGAUGCACUCCAAGCUGGAAGUGCGAGCGUGCUUGCAUGGGGCCAAAGCAGCUGCCGAGCAAGGUAUGGGAAAGGGUGAUCAUGGAGACGGAUUCACUGGUGCUGAUGCAUGCCAUGAAGGAUAAUUCGCACAGGCUGUCUAUGGUGGGAGGCGACAUCCUAGAGCUGAAAAACUUUAUGAGUGAACAUUUCAUUUCUAGUACUGUGGCCUUUGUGCCUAGAUCAUGUAAUAGGAUUGCUCAAACUCUAGCAACGUUGGACUCCUAGCUGUGUGGAGGAGUUGGUAGCCAGCGGUAACGUUGAGCUGAUAAGUUAAUGGAAAUCCUUUUUCCUUGAAAAAAAA